ACCACUGCUGACAGAUUUGAGAGCCAAAACAGACAAAAAGACCUCAAAUGUAUAUCCAAGUCUGUUGGUACAGUGGCGGCACGUUUGUGUGACAGCUUGCAAUUCCCAUUUCUAAAAGUGAAAAACUUAGUUUCAGAGAGCAGGGAGGUGCUAUUGAAAUGCCUGCAUGAGAAACAUGGACCGUGGUUGCAGGAGAACCUGCUUGAGUUACAAACUUGCCCUAAAUCUGAUAAAGUCCCCGCAAAGGCAGUCCAGGCUGCAGAUCAUGGCUUUACUGUGAUGGAAGAUGAUGACCCUCUGUCAACUGAUGCAUUUCUCAAAAGAACAAAGAGAAGACAUUCAAACCGGAAGUGCAGUGCACAACUAUAUCAGACGCCCCAACAGGUGAAGACUGCUGCUUGGUUACCAUUUCCUGAGGAACCUUCUGUCAGUGGUCUGGAGGAUUUGGUCGGACCUGCCACCUCUUCUCAGUUGUACAUGGACUUCAAGCCAUCCAAGUCUUCGGCAAGCGAUUUCUUUACUACCUCUCUCCUGUUGUGCCCCGAUGGAAAUGCCGCCAAUUCCCAACACUGGCAAGACAGUCUCUUCAGAUCAAAGAGCAAAGAGACGCCUUUGCUUGACUCUUUUGAAAGCAGCUUUAUGAAGCACACCAACACAGUUAGAGAGCAGAGUUUUGGGUCACAGUAUUACAACAGCAGAAUGCAGCCCCCCUUCAAUUACCAAGCCAAGCAUCCAGAUAGAUAUUCAACUGAAGAAAUGCAAUUUCCUCACCAACAAGACCCAUUUAAGACCAGUACACACCCUUUUGCUCAGUCCAUCUCAUCCCCAAAAUACCGCCCUCUUCAAAGCACUCAUUUUCCUGCUUUCAACAAAUUCACUGACCACAGCUACCUGCCCUAUUCACCUCACAGCAACACCUACACUGAUAUGAGGCAUUUGACCCAGUCUCACACGCUUGGAAGAGGCUCACAAACUCCAGGUUCUUCAUUUCCGAGCCCCGAGCACUGGUCCUUCCCAGCCAUGAGACUGUACUGAUGACUGUUGCACCUUUCAGAAAUAAAGAGCACCUGAUUGUUUGAAGACACCAGAAAGAUCUUUUUGUUCAUGGCCAGUGAAAAUAAGUUUUGUGUU